GGCGGGAUGGGGGCUGGGUGGGCCAGGGCCAGGCCCGGGCGCGGUCUCGGAAGGCUGCUGGACGGAAGCCCGGGCCCUAAGCCGGGGACCGCGCGCUGCGGGGGCGGGGCCGGCCAGGGGACGUGGCUCGGGGGGCUCCUGCGGCUGGCGGCGGUCCCCCGGGCGCGGGCGUCCUUCAGGACGUUCUGUGGGGACACAAGAGGGGUUCGGAGUGCGAGGCCUCGAGCGAGCAGAGAGAGUCCCGGGUGAAUCCUCGGUGCCGGGGCCCAGCGAGGACCACGCGGAGCCAUGACGGCUCCUGUCCGCCCUCCCCUAGAGCCGGUCGCCCGGGAGAAAGUGGCCUCGGAGUCCCCAGUCCCCAGCUCCCACUCAGCCCCCGGUGGACGUGGGCAGCGUGUUUCCUCCUUUGUUUUUACACACAAAAUCCGCCCGGACUCCCUGCGAAGUUCUUAACUUCCCUUGGAAGGAGGCUCUGGUGACUUUGGGGCCCCACCCUGCUCCGAGGGCUGUGGGCGAAGUUUCCCUUAGUUUAUCCGAAUGGAAGUCCUUGCCGUUUCCUUAGGCCACUGAGGGGGGAAAUAAAGGCUGAGACUUGAGGAGGAAUACACGUAACUUCUAUAAAUGGAGCGCCUCUUUGAAAAGGGAGCUUUCUGUAGCCGCUUUAGCUGAUCUGAGCAAAACUGACUUCUUGUGCCUUCCUUUAAUUGCAAGUGCUAAUGAUGGGUCAAGCACGGUUUUGUAGAGCAUCCCCGAGUAUGAGUGCAGAAUGAAGCGACGCUUGGAUGACCAGGAGUCACCUGUGUAUGCGUCCCAGCAGCGACGUAUUGCCAGCAGCACAGAAGCAUUUCCACAUCAGCAUCGUGUGCUUGCCCCUGCACCUCCUGUGUAUGAGACAGUCUCUGAGACCAUGCAGUCAGCCACAGGAAUUCAGUACUCUGUUACUCCCAGCUAUCAGGUUUCAGCUGUGCCCCAGAGCUCUGGCAGCCAUGGCCCCACGCUAGCAACUGUUCACAGUGGCCACCAUCACACAACAUCUGUUCAACCUCAUGGAGGACAGGUGGUUCAGAGCCAUGCUCAUCCAACCCCACCAGCUGCACCAGUGCAGGGACAACAGCAAUUUCAGAGACUCAAGGUGGAGGAUGCUCUAUCCUACCUUGACCAGGUAAAGCUGCAGUUUGGUAGUCAGCCUCAGGUCUACAAUGAUUUCCUGGACAUCAUGAAGGAAUUUAAAUCUCAAAGUAUUGAUACUCCAGGAGUGAUUAGUCGGGUGUCACAGCUAUUCAAAGGCCACCCUGACUUGAUCAUGGGCUUCAACACCUUUUUACCUCCUGGUUAUAAAAUCGAGGUGCAGACCAACGACAUGGUAAAUGUGACAACUCCUGGCCAAGUCCACCAGAUUCCCACCCACGGCAUCCAACCUCAACCUCAAGCCCAGCCCCAGCAUCCUUCCCAACCGUCAGCUCAGUCCACCCCAACUCCUGCCCAGCCAGCCCCUCAGCCACCACCUGCCAAAAUUAGCAAGCCAUCCCAGCUCCAAGCACAUGCUCCAGCCAGCCAGCAGACACCUCCCCUCCCACCAUAUGCUUCACCACGUUCUCCACCGGUGCAGCCUCACACACCUGUGACAAUCUCCCUGGGAACUGCCCCAUCCUUGCAGAACAAUCAGCCUGUGGAGUUUAAUCAUGCCAUCAACUAUGUUAACAAAAUUAAAAAUAGAUUCCAGGGUCAGCCAGAUAUCUAUAAAGCUUUUCUGGAGAUUUUGCACACAUAUCAGAAGGAGCAGCGGAAUGCCAAGGAAGCUGGAGGGAAUUACACGCCAGCCCUGACAGAGCAGGAGGUGUAUGCACAGGUGGCCCGUCUGUUUAAGAAUCAGGAAGACCUCCUCUCAGAGUUUGGGCAGUUCCUCCCUGAUGCCAAUAGCUCUGUGUUAUUAAGUAAGACAACUGCAGAGAAGGUUGAGUCUGUGAGGAAUGAUCAUGGAGGCACGGUGAAGAAACCCCAGCUGAACAACAAGCAGCAGAGGCCCAGCCAGAAUGGUUGCCAGAUCCGCCGCCACUCUGGGACUGGAACAACUCCCCCUGUGAAGAAGAAACCCAAACUAUUAAGCUUAAAGGACCAGCCCUUGGCAGAAGCCAGUAAACAUGGUGUAGGAACUGAAUCCUUGUUCUUUGAGAAGGUCCGGAAGGCCUUGAGGAGCACAGAAGCCUAUGAGAAUUUUCUGCGUUGUCUGGUCAUCUUUAACCAAGAGGUCAUCUCUAGGCCAGAGCUUGUGCAACUUGUCUCUCCUUUUCUGGGGAAAUUCCCAGAAUUGUUCACAUGGUUUAAGAAUUUUCUGGGGUAUAAAGAAUCUGUUCAUUUGGAGACCUUUCCAAAAGAGCGUGCCACAGAGGGCAUUGCCAUGGAGAUAGAUUAUGCUUCUUGUAAAAGGUUGGGGUCAAGCUAUCGAGCCUUGCCCAAGAGCUACCAGCAGCCUAAAUGCACAGGAAGAACACCACUGUGUAAGGAGGUUUUAAAUGAUACUUGGGUGUCCUUUCCAUCAUGGUCUGAGGAUUCCACUUUUGUCAGUUCAAAGAAGACACAGUAUGAAGAACACAUUUAUAGAUGUGAGGAUGAACGCUUUGAGCUUGAUGUGGUCUUAGAAACCAAUCUGGCAACCAUCCGGGUCCUAGAGACAAUUCAGAAGAAACUGUCACGAUUGUCUGCUGAGGAGCAGGCCAAAUUCCGCUUAGACAACACUCUGGGCGGCUCUUCUGAGGUGAUUCACCGAAAAGCGCUCCAGAGGAUCUAUGCUGAUAAAGCUGCUGACAUUAUUGAUGGCCUGAGAAAGAAUCCAUCCAUUGCUGUCCCCAUAGUUCUGAAGAGGUUGAAGAUGAAAGAGGAGGAAUGGAGAGAAGCUCAGAGAGGGUUCAACAAAGUUUGGAGGGAGCAAAAUGAGAAGUAUUACCUGAAGUCCCUAGACCACCAGGGAAUCAACUUCAAACAAAACGACACCAAGGUUCUGAGGUCGAAGAGCUUACUCAAUGAAAUAGAGAGCAUCUAUGAUGAAAGGCAAGAGCAGGCUACAGAAGAUAAUUCUGGAGUCCCUGUUGGCCCGCACCUUUCUCUCGCCUAUGAAGACAAACAGAUAUUGGAAGAUGCUGCUGCUUUGAUUAUCCAUCAUGUAAAGAGGCAAACAGGAAUCCAAAAAGAAGACAAGUAUAAAAUCAAGCAGAUCAUGCAUCAUUUCAUUCCAGAUCUUCUCUUUGCCCAGAGAGGUGACCUCUCAGAUGUGGAAGAGGAAGAGGAGGAAGAGAUGGAUGUGGAUGAAACCACAGGAGCUGCCAAAAAGCACAACGGGGUGGGCGGCAGCCCCCCGAAAUCAAAGCUACUAUUCAGCAACACAGCAGCUCAGAAGUUUCGUGGGAUGGAUGAUGUCUACAAUCUCUUCUAUGUCAACAACAAUUGGUAUAUCUUCCUAAGGCUGCACCAGAUUCUGUGCUUAAGGCUGCUGAGAAUUUGUUCCCAAGCUGAGCGACAGAUUGAAGAAGAAAACCGGGAAAGAGAAUGGGAACGGGAAGUACUGGGAAUAAAGCGGGACAAGAGUGACAGCCCGGCCAUCCAGCUUAGGCUCAAAGAACCCAUGGAUGUCGAUGUAGAAGAUUAUUACCCAGCCUUCCUGGAUAUGGUACGGAGCCUCCUGGAUGGCAACAUAGAUUCUUCACAAUAUGAGGACUCCCUAAGAGAGAUGUUCACUAUUCAUGCCUAUAUCGCCUUUACCAUGGACAAAUUGAUCCAGAGUAUUGUGAGACAGCUCCAGCACAUUGUAAGUGAUGAGAUUUGUGUACAAGUGACUGACCUCUACUUAUCAGAAAACAGCAACAGUGCCACGGGUGGCACCUUAAAUACACAAACCUCUCGAACCCUCAUGGAAUCCACAUAUCAGCGUAAAGCAGAGCAGCUCAUGUCAGAUGAGAACUGCUUUAAGCUCAUGUUCAUUCAGAGCCGUGGCCAAGUUCAGCUGACAAUCGAGCUGCUAGACACAGAAGAAGAGAACUCAGAUGACCCCGUGGAGGCAGAGCGAUGGUCAGACUAUGUUGAGCGCUAUGUGAACUCAGAUACUACCUCCCCAGAACUCAGAGAGCAUCUGGCCCAGAAGCCAGUAUUUCUGCCAAGGAAUCUAAGGCGGAUCCGUAAAUGUCAGCGUGGACGGGAACAGCAAGAGAAGGAAGGCAAAGAUGGAAAUAGCAAGAAGAGCAUGGAAAAUGUGGAGAGCUUGGACAAGCUGGAGUGCCGAUUCAAACUGAAUUCUUAUAAAAUGGUAUAUGUGAUCAAAUCAGAAGACUACAUGUACCGCAGGACGGCUUUGCUACGUGCUCAGCAGUCCCAUGAACGAGUAAGCAAGCGGCUGCACCAACGGUUCCAGGCCUGGGUGGACAAAUGGACCAAGGAACAUGUAACCCGUGAAAUGGCAGCUGAGACCAACAAAUGGCUGAUGGGUGAAGGGCUGGAGGGCUUGGUGCCCUGUACCACCACCUGUGACACAGAGACCCUGCACUUUGUGAGCAUUAACAAGUAUCGUGUCAAAUACGGCACAAUAUUCAAGACGCCCUAACUCCCCAGAAUGGAUGUGUGGUGUGUGUGUCCCCGCGCAUCAAGGAUUCAAGCACGAUGCCUUUCAGACCUCACUGUGUCUCUGUAACGUGGCCACCUGACUAGUGGGCAGCUGGUACAGCCUCUCCCCAGCGGGCUAAUGUUUGGAAACAUGGAUCCAUUUUAAACCUAAGCUGGGACUCCUCUUUCCCAGGGGUCUGGGACUCCCCUGCUGAGGAUCACGCAGGCAUGGACAAAUGCGGUUUUGCUCGCCCACCCCAGCGGUGCUGAGCCCUUAUUCCCCACAGCCUGGGCAUUGAAUGAGCAAACCGGACACUGUAUGUGCUCAACUGGAUUGGGGAGCAUUGGGAAGACUGAUGAGAAAGGACUUUUUAUGUUCAGAGAUGUUCUAAACCAUGAAGCACCCCAUCCUCCCCCAUCCCCCAAACCAGAUUUCUUUGGGUCAUUCACAUCCAGCCAGAUUACCCACAGGGUAAUUGGGCUUUGGGAGUAUCUGUGGAUUUGUUUCUUGAUGAUCACCCUGCCUCUUAUGCCUUCCUCUCUUGUCUUCUGGCCCCCAAGCUCCUGACUCACCAAGGUCAAAUCAGUUGGUCCUUUUUAGCUCCAGUGGAACUGUUUUGUACCUGCUUGUUUACUAGUCUAGCCUAGUGCCAUCCACCAGCUUUUCUCACACACACUCUUGCACAUAGAGAAAGUUUUAACGUGAUUCUCCUCCCCCCCUUCUUUUUUUGUAAAUAAUGUACAUACUGUCAAUUUUUUUUUAUUAAAGGAAAUAUGCUUUGAUGUGCUAGCAUAACUGUUCUAGCUUCUUGUGUACCACAGUACCGGGUAGCUUCAGAUUUAGUAUUUACAAACAGAUGUACAAGACAUUUAUUACACUUUUUACCAAAGGGAGUUACCAUUGUAGUGCUUUUGUGUGAAACUUCUUCCCUUUCCCUCUCCCCUCUCCCCCCCCCCUUUUUUUUUUUUUUAUAAAUAAAGCUUGCUUCUUACUUGAGGAAAAACAUUCUCAACCCCUGGCCUGGCUAGAAAGAUACUGUUUAACACUCAGUUUUGGCAAAUGCUAUCAGUUUCAUUGGCUUCAAAUCCCAAAGAGGGAAAUGAAAAUUUUAUUUUAAAUGAUCAAAACCAGGACAUACAACAAAGUGGUUCAAGUAGUAUGCCUCCAGUGUAAAGUUUCUGUCUUAACCAAAAGAACUUUCAUUCUCUUAAAAAGUUAACUUCAGCAUCUGCUUUGUCUUCCAGUUCAAAAACCCUUCACUUUGGGGAAUUUGCCAAGCUAUACUGUUUGUUUAUGUUCACUUUUUUAUUUCUUUUCAACAUUGGGGAGUGGGGAGAGUGAACAUCUUAAGUACCAAACCAGUAUUUGAAAGAACUUAAUUGAGUAUGCAUGUUUGUGCCUGUGUAUAUUCCAGAGAGAGAGUAUGUGUGUGUAUUUGUAUGGAGGUGGUGAGUGCUUUUAUAUAAAGAAGGCUUGGAAGUUAAGAGAAAUUGUGUGAUACAGUUCAAUAGAAACAAUCACAAAUGGGAUUAUAUUUUUUUUAAUUAUAGAAGUUUAAACCUGUAAUACUGGCAGGUAUUUAAAUAUGAGUGGAAUUUUGAGGUGUUCAAACCUGAACUUUAACCAAGACCCACACCAAACACUAUAGCACCUGGCCACGGUGCUUUAGUAUUUUUGUGGCUUUCAGCUUCCUGGCCCUGGAGUUUAAUAGUCUUCCAAGAAGUAAACAUUGUUGUGGGAGUGGUAGGGGAUUCAGAAUUGGAGACGGGCCUGGCCUCUCUGUACAUAUGAAACUUUUUUGUUUUUAUUUUAUUUAAAAUAUUUUUGUCUUAAAAAUGUGGGCAAGGGGUGCAGGUGGAACGAAGAAGUGGAUCCACAAUAUAGAAGAAACAAUCCUUCCCUGAACGCCUCAGCUGGUGGAAAGGUUUGAGAAAGGGAUCUGGAUUAUGUGAUUGGGGGUGGACUAGAAAACUUCCUGCAGAGAGAAGGAAUGGUGGUCUGAUGGUUUGGUUCUUACACUGGGUGGGGGUGGUGAAAUAAGGUGGUAGAAUAAGGCCCUACAUCUACUCAGGAAGGGGCUUUGGGGGUAUAGCAUCCCCUGCACCUGAUUUUUUUUUUUUAUAUACAUACAUAACACACACAAAAGAACAUUUUAUUUUUAAAUAUGUAGAUAAACAUAAGGAAGCUUUGUGUAAGCAAGGUUGGGUAAUACACUUGGCUUUUUCAUUCUUCCUGAUGUCUAACAUUGGAGCUCCAAGCUCUGUUUGUAGCCUGUAAGAUAGCAAAAUUUUCCUUUUAUUUUGAAUCACUUUUUGUAUUCUGUACUGUGACUUUGGCCACCUUUCUGUGUGAUUUCUAUAAAAAAAAUGUUGUAAACUUGACUGUAGUGCAGUAAUUCCAUUAAAAUAUCAGGGCUAA